AUGCCAAUUCCUUUGGAUGUAUUUCAAGUCCCAGAUGAUGUAGCCGAAGCUGAAUUAACCAGUCGUAAAGGUUCAACAGUUUUUCAAAAUUUCAUAUAUGAUUUACCAAUACCAUUCUCAUUAUUACUACUUCUAUGCGGUUUUGGUUAUUUGUUAAUUAUCGCGAACCGUACGCCAAAUGUCAAACCGUCUGUUAAUCAGCUUCAACCUUUUGCUUGUUGCCCAUGUUGUUUAUCAGUUGCUGAUUUAUGCAACUGUUGUAGAGUAACUUCCAUUGAUGCCUGCCUUAAUGGUAUUUGCCCCCAGCGUAAAACUCAUGAUUUUACGGACUUAUUACUAUGUCAAAUAUGUCUUGGACGGCCUGGUCGAAUGAAAUCGACUGUACCACUUGUCAAAUGUCCUGUAUGUUGUCGAUCAGCCUAUUGUGAAGACACCGUUAUAUGUUGCUUCUUAUGUAAUUUCCGAUCGAAAGCUUUACUUCAGGAGGAAUAG